AUGAGCUUCGUUGCAAAACUGCCCUUGCUAGGACGCAAUCCUGCAGUCUGCUUCUCCCUCCUGCCCUCGUCCCGGCGAUGCGCCUCCCGUCUGUCUGCCAUCCACCAGGGCCUCAACCGGUCCGAAAGAGCACGACCACGAGGCUCCUCCCCUCGAAAGGAGAUUCGCCAAGGCCCCAAUGAUGAUCCGUAUCUAAGCCCCGCAGAGCGCCGGCGGGCGAGGGCAAUCGCGCGGCAGCAAGACCCCAUAAACUACAAGAUUCGGAAGGGGAAGAAAGACAUCACCGAAGAGCCAGGACCGCCGCGCAAGUCGAAACGCGCCCGAUUCAACGACCCACGAGAUCCCAUGGGCGAGAGAAGUCUAGUCAAAAAAUUCAGGACUGGGCAGCUGUUUGAUGGGCUGGACGAGGGCUAUGGAGGAGACAAGGAAGGCAACCUGCAGCAUGACGACUUCGUGAGGCAGAUGUCAGGAGAUGCGCAGGACCGAUCGGGCCCUCGAAAUCGCGAACGUGAGCCACGGAGCGGUCCACCUCGAAAGUUGGGGAACAGCCAACGAUCUGGGACUUUCGUAAGGAACACGGGCGUCCGCGAAAGCCGACCCCGGCGAGAACAAGAGCCUAGAGAGAACUUUAGGUCUGGUUCAGGCAUGAGAGACCAGAGAAGCGACAAGCGAGAACCCGAAGACACUCACAAUAACAGUUUUGAUCGACGCGCACGCGAUAGUCGUGUGCCGUCCGACUCACCGGGCCGCGAUCAGAGACCAGCGACAGCAUAUGGUUCAGAAGGAACGAGACAAUUCGGUUCUUCAGGGCGAGAUCGAAGGUCAAGAUCAUCCUAUGGCUCAGAGAGAACAAGACCCACCGAGCCAAGGUCGGACGACGCAGGUGACGCAAAGGCGUGGAAGCCUAAGAGAAACGAUGGACCAGUGUCAAUACCAUAUGCCACUGCCGCGUCGCAAUUCUUAUACGGGACGUCGGCUGUGGAGGCUGCGUUGAAAGCUGGCCACCGGAAGUUGUAUAAACUUUACAUCUAUCGGGGAAAAGGCCGCGGCAGCAGAACUUCGGAAAAAGACAGCAUGCUAGGUGACUUGGCGAGAAGGAAAGGCGUCAAAGUCGAAUAUCUCGAAGAGGAAUCGCUACCUAUGCUGAACAAGAUGAGCGAGAGCCGUCCACAUAACGGUCACGUUCUUGAAGCAUCACCAUUACCCCAACUCCCAACCACCGCCCUGGAGGAAUUCUCCGAAGAUCAGGAUCAAACGGGCUUCAAGGUGGCUGUGGGACAUCAGUCAUACGAGGAAACCCAAAUCAACGGCACAAACGGGUUCGUGAGAACCCAACCUAGCUCGCGCAAGCCGCUCGUCAUGGUCGUGGACCAAGUUCUCGACCCAGGAAACCUGGGCGCGAUCCUCAGGACAGCUAGCUUCAUGGGAGUUACGGCAGUAGCAGUCUCGAAGAAGGGCUCCGCGCCCGUGACACCGGUCGUGCUGAAGGCCUCGGCCGGAGCUGCCGAGGACCUGAACAUGCUGUCGGUCGACUCGGUCGAAGACUUCCUGCAGAACUCCAAGGAGAACGGCUGGAAGGUGUACGCCGCUUGCCCUCCCAAGUCCGAGUCCAAGCAGCUGCAGAUCGACACCAUAGACCUGGAGAGGGAUGACCCGCUCCUCAGGGACCCCUGCAUCCUCCUCGUGGGCAGCGAGGGCGAGGGAUUGUCUCGGUCGCUGAGGAGGGUUGCUAACGUCGAGGUCAGCAUUCCGAACCUGUCUGGGUCGGAUGUUGUGGACAGCUUGAACGUCAGUGUGGCCACUGGCUUGCUAUGCUCGGCGUUCUUGAGGGGCAAGGCGAAGGCACGUGGGAGCAGUGCCAGCGAUCCAGGGGCAUUGUUCUAG